AUGCCUGCAGUUCUCAGUAUCCCAGGGGCCAUGUGCCUGGCCCUCGCUACCUCGAGCCCCCUCAACAUUGACGACGCUACAACCAUCAACACCGACUUGCUCAUGCCCACAGCCGGUUCCCAUUUCCCGGUUGAACUUGACCCGGCCAGCCGCGUGCCCGUUACCACUGCCACCGGCAUCGUGCCCGAGGUGGAGGCCCGUAAGCGCCUGACCCUCGCCACGGCGCACGGCGGCGCCCUCGACCUGCCUGCUGCUCCCACAGCGACCAACGUCAUGAACGGCGUGGGCACUGCUGACAGCGCGCGCAUCACCGUCCUCAACCGCCACGACGCGCCUAUUACCACGGUGCUCGUCACUGGCGAGGGCGACGAGCCCGAAGGUAAUGUGGGCGCUGGCCAGCUCGAGAGAGGCGAGUAUGGCAUCUUUACGGUCGUGGAAGGCUGGAGCGGCCGCGUGGCUUUGAACGUCGUGGGAAAUUCUGUAACCAUGGGUGACGAGUCCCUGAUCGAGGGCAGCUUCACUGACCAGGGCCACGCCGUCGUAGGUGACAUUAACGUGAGCUACGUGGAUGGCUUCACCGUCCCUGCCGUCUGCUGGUGCAACGAGAAUGGGCUCUCGGCUGGCUGCUCCAAGAACCUCCACAAGAUUAGCGAAUGUCCUACACCCAACGGCCAUGGUGCGUGCAGGAACCCCAGCCGCGGCCUCAACGUGUCGGAGCCCACGUCGUUUUUUGAGCCGUGUUUCUAUCAGGGCGGCGCGUACACGUUUGACUGGGACCACGAGGCCAACUCCCUCAACGGGUACUGCCCGGACGAGCAGUACACCUGCUGCGUCGGUGAAAUCUGCCACGCGUAG